ACGCCGGCCUCGGCACGCCCAGCCGGGAGCACGGGACUGCGAGCGGAAACUCCGUGCCUCUGCCUCUGCACGUAUUUCAGCUCUCUCUCACGCAGACCGCCAACUACCCCACAUUCGUCAGGCCACGUCGAUCCUGCCUCGUCACGCCCGCUAAAAUUCGUCGCUCAUGGCCUCCAGCUUGUCCGACGAGUGCACACCUCUCAAGCGCGAGUACGACUCUUGUUUUAACGCCUGGUUCGAGGGCUACCUCGAGCCUGCUGUCUCUGCGACGCCCGCGGAGCGGCUAAAGUAUUCUCAGGACAAGGCGGAGGAGUAUGAAGCCAAGUGCGGAAAGAUAUGGUCACAGUACCAGUCCUGUGUACGGAGAGCAGUCAAGGAAAAGGGCCUUGACACCCUGCUCGCUCAGGCAAGAGCUGAGAAUCCCUUGAAGGAACCCCCAGCACUCGAAGCGCAACGAUCCCAUGCCUCCUAAUCGCAAUGUACCGUUAUAUCACCAUGUAUCGAUUUCAAUUCCAAUGCUUGUAUUUCUAGCGUCCUUUCCGGAUUGUUCCUAUACCACUGCUCUGCGACUUGUACAUCUUUUCCUCGCUGGCGCUGUCAACACGACCACUUCUCAUUAUCGUCAUUUCUGGGUUCGGG